CAAAUCCUGCUGGAGCAACCCAGUCUUGCAACGCGGCAAGCCAGCCGGCUUCCGCGUCGCCACCGGCCAUCCUGGGCUGCCCGGCCUUUUGAUUGCCAUCUACCAUUUGCAUGCAAAAAGGGCGCUAACAGCAGAUCGCUAGCAGCGCUCCUGCCCCCCUGGACCGCGCUUUGGGCUGGGGCAAUUCGCCCACUCACUCUUGCGGCUUUGAGAAUUGAAUCGAACUGCAGAAGCCAUGGAAGGGCACGACCCCAGUGCAGUUGCAGCUGGCGGAGACGGCAGCACGGCCGCCCCCGCGGUGGCGGCGCCGCUGCUGCCGCCACGCGCCCCGCCGCGCCGCCUGAGCUCCACCCCGCUGGGCUCGUAUGUCAGCGAGCCGCCCAGCACCCUGGCCAUGAUGCGCACCUACGCGCAGGACCUGCUGUCCCACCAGGGCGAGGAGGUACAGCAGCAGGCGGUGCCCGCCGGCGAAAUCCCGGCGGCCUGGCGCGGCAGCGGCGCGCCCGCGUCUGGCGGCGCCAUCGAGCUGCCGCCCGUGUCGCUGGUGGGCAAGGGCCCGCUGGAGCGGCCCACGCACUUCCAGCUGGGCCCCACCAUCAGCACGCCGCGGCGACGCACCGCGCCGGCAGAGGCGGGGUGCCCCGGCGGCGACGCCUCCUCACCCGCCUACGCCAAGCUGCGCUCCUCUAUAGGGUGGGUAACCUCCAACAGCCCCGGCAGCGCGGGCAACGAGGUGGUGCUGGAGCACCGGGUGGCGGGCGACCUCAUCAUCAGCUCCGCCACAGCCAGGGCGGCAGCCGGCCGGUCGCCGGCCCAUGACCCGCUGCGGCGCCGCCCCAUACUGCGCGCAUCCGCGGGCUCGGGCGACGACAUGGAUUCCCUGGAUUUUGAGGGCAGGCAGAAGCCGUGGUACAAGAAGAAGAAGUUCUGGCUCAUCGCGGGGCCCCUGCUCGUCAGCUUCGCCUUCAUCCUGGCGGGCGUGCUGUACCUCGUGUACAACGAGGACCAGCGGGUGGGCGAGUUCCAGAUGUGGCGCCUCUGCUUCUUCUUUGCCGGGCUGCCGAUCAUCUGGUGGAUCGGGCGCGGCUCUAUGGACCUGGCGGUUUGGGGCGUGGAGCGCACCAUGUUCACCUGGCAAAACGCUCUGUACUAUGCCUAUGCUGUGCGGAAGCCCAUGGCAAACGUGAUCCGUGCCGGCCUCACCACCGGCUGGUGGGCGCUCAUCAUGACUGCCCUGUCUGGCGACAUGAACGACACGCUGGUCACCUGGUACAACAACGUGCUCAAGGUGCUGGGCUGCCUCACGCUGUUCAUGACAGCGAAUCUCCUGAAAGUGGGCUUCGCCAAGAUGGUGGCCUCCAAGUUCAACCAGCAGGCCCACUACCAGAAGAUGCACGACGCUCUGAAGCGGGAGUACCUGCUGCACCUCAUGCUGCAGCCGCGCCAGCGGUACACCGAGUUUGAGGAGCUGGCGGAGGCGGAGGCGGCGGGGUGCGAGGGCGAGGACGACCUGGGGCGCUCCGAGUCGGCCCCGGCCAACAUCCACCACCACUCGCCCAUGAAGCAAAACACGCUGGUGCGGCUGUUCCGGCGCAGCAGCAAGCCGUCGGAGCGCCACCAGCACAGCGCGGAGGUGGACAGGACCAGCAGCCGCACGCUGAAAGACAGGGUCAUGUUUUGGCGCGCCAGCCAGGCCGACCUGCACGCGAUCGACGAGGGGGAGGAAGAGGAGGAGCAGCAGGGCGGCGGCGGCAGCCAGGGCAGCCUGCCUCCCGGCGCGGUGGCUGUGGACAUGACCAACGGCGGUCGGUCGGUGGGGCAGGAGGAGCCGCUGCUGGACCACCCAGAGCACCCGCUCCCGCACCCGCUCCCGGCCAGGGCGGCGUCGGCAGGCGGCGGCACGCCCGCGGGCUCGGUGCCGCCGUCCCCCGUCAAGCACGGCUCCCCCGCCAAGCCGCCGCCCUCGCCGCUGUCCAAGCUGGUGCGGCACCGCAGCGACGCGCUGGAGGCGGCGGGGGUGGAGGCCGGGGGGCUGACGCCACGCGCCACCGCGCUGCCGCUGCCCGACUGCGGAGGCGCGGCGGGCAGCCGGGAGCCCAGCGUGGCGGGGGGCAGGGCGUUUGUGCGCGCGCCCCGGCUCUCGGUGCAGCGCGCCGCCUCCAUCACCUCCAUGCGAUCGGCCAGGUCGCGCGCGGCGGCGGAUGCCGUGCCGCCGCCCAAAAAGGCGCUGCUGGCACACGCCAGCAGCAUGAGCAGCAGCAGCAGCGCCAAGGCGAUGAUGGCGCUGAGGAUGAGCAAGAUGGUGACGUUCAAGGACACCCUGAGCCGCACCGAGCGCAGCGAGCAGGUGACCACUGAGCUGGAGGCCAAGAAGCUGGGCUUCUACCUCUUCCACAACCUCAAGGCAGACUACGACAGGCACGGGGUUGGGGACUACAUCGUGCUGGAUGACCUGGAGCAGUUUCUGAGCGAGAAGGAUGCCAAGGCGGGCAUGGACAUGCUGGAUGAGGACGACAACGGGCAGGUCAACGUGCAGGAGUGCUGCGGCGCCAUCACCCGCGUGUUUGUGGACCGCCGCAACCUGGCAGCCUCGCUCAAGGAUGCACGCACCAUUGUGGGCACCCUGGAGACGCUCAUCGGCAUCUUCCUCCACAUACUCAUGGGCUUCAUCUACCUGCUCAUCUGGGACGUCGACGUGCUGAAAACGUGGGCUGGGUUUGCGUCGCUGUUCCUGGGCUUCAGCUUCAUCUUCGGCAACAGCAUCAGGACGACAUACGAGAACGUGGUCUUCCUGUUCAUGGUGCACCCCUACGAUGUGGGGGACUCCAUCUUCAUUGACAACGACCAGACAAAGGUGGAGGAGAUCCACCUGUCCUUCACCGUGCUCACCAGCUCCAACAACCAGCGCGUUUGGUACCCCAACGAGAAGAUCCGCGUCAUCCCGUUCAUCAACAUCUCCACCUCGGGCAACCGCGGCGAGGCGUUCAAGGUGCUUGUCGACCUGGACACAGCGCCCGGCGUGAUUGAGGAGCUGCGGUCGGCUGCCGAGGCAUGCAUCAGGGCCAACCCCAAGGACUUCUCCGGCACGCUGUCCGUCAACCUCAACACCGCGACCGCGCCGCUCAAGAUGACCAUCUCCGUUUACUGGGAGUAUGCGCACUCGGGGGCAGACGGCGGCCGCCUGGGGCGCAACCGCACCAAGAUGUACACGGCGCUGUCCGAGGCCAUGACCAGGUCGGGGUGCAGGUACACCUGGCCCGCCACCGCCGACAUGCGCCCGGUGCCCCUGGCGGUGGGCGCCGGCGGCGAUGCAGCGGGAUUGGACCCGGCGGCAAAGCUGCUGUGA